AUGCAAGCAUUUUUAAAAACAGGCCGUACAACUGGAGACAGUUCUUUCGCGGGCACUAGUGGUGAGGGUGGCCCAUCAACAGCAACCAAGCGAGCAAAGCAUAGCGUACCAUGGGUUGAGAAAUACCGUCCAAAGAGUGUCGAUGAUGUGGUGGAACAGGCGGAAGUUGUUGCUGUACUUCGUGAAAGUCUCUCCACCACUGACCUUCCGAAUUUGCUUCUGUACGGUCCGCCCGGUACCGGCAAAACCAGCACAAUUCUGGCUGCUGCGAGACAACUGUUUGGCGAUAUGUUUAAAGAACGCAUUCUCGAGCUGAAUGCAUCGGACGAUCGUGGUAUAGCGGUGAUCCGGAACAAAGUGAAGACCUUCGCACAGCUAACGGCCAGCGGUACCAGAUCGGACGGUAAACCCUGUCCACCGUUUAAGAUCGUCAUCCUGGACGAGGCCGAUGCAAUGACGCAUGCGGCCCAAGCUGCUCUGCGCCGAACGAUGGAAAAAGAAACUAAAACCACACGGUUUUGUCUGGUUUGCAACUACGUGUCGCGUAUUAUCGAGCCCAUUACAUCCCGAUGCACCAAAUUUCGUUUUAAACCAUUGGGUGAAGAAAAGAUCAUUGAGCGAUUGCGCUACAUCUGCGAACAGGAAGGUGUGAAAGUAGAUGAGGAAGUUUAUAAGGACAUCGUUAACAUAUCCGGUGGUGAUUUGAGACGAGCCAUCACUACACUGCAAUCUUGUCAUCGGUUAAAAGGCACCCAGGCACGCAUCGAACGGCAGGACAUCAUGGAAAUGUCCGGUGUAGUGCCAGAACGUUACCUGGAGGAAUUUGUAUCAGUUUGCAAAAGCUCGAACUACAGCAAGCUGGAGGAAUUCGUCCAGAAUCUUUCCUACGAUGCGUAUAGCGUUGGCCAAUUGUUCGAACAGCUGACCGAGUACAUUGUGUACAACGACGGACUUACGGAAAAGCAAAAGGCCGUUAUCUGCGAAAAGCUUGGUGAAUGUUGUUUCCGGCUACAUGGUGGAGGAUCAGAAUAUAUUCAGAUCAUGGAUUUAGGAUGCGUCACUAUUCAGGCCCUUAAAGACCAAUGA